GGAGCAGCUACAGGUGAGACAUUCUCCUCCUCAAUUCAAAAGAGUCCUUGCAUGCUGUACUAUAACAAGAAUUAAUCUGGCCUCUGAUGUCCUCUGCUAUGAGUGAGAUGAGAUAUUUCUCCAUACCCUCUCUUGAUCUGGAAUGUCUCCUGUCAGUGAAAGCUAAAAUCCGUCAGGAAGGAUUGCUGGACUCAUACCUGAGGAACAGCCUUGACUUCUCCAUCCAGACCCUGGAGGCCUUUCCUGCAUCCAAGCGGCGUGAAGUCUCUCUAACCCUGGAAGGAGAGCGCCACCUGGUGCGUAUCACUGCUGGGGCACCUGUCCUGUUCUACACAGUACACCUAGGCUCAAAUGCACCACGAUUCCUUCAAAAGACCCAUCCAGAAACCCGCCUCACAACCUCCAGCCUGACAGAGAGCCAUUUUGAUGGACAUCGCUGCUGUGAUGAGCUGGAAAGCUGCCUGGAGCAGGCCAGAAAAGCCCUGAGAAAUGAGGAGGACAAAAACCCAUCAGUUCUGGAUCACAUGGAGCUCAAGAUCACUUGUGGAGAGCUGCACCUGACAUACAGCACCCAUCAGCCUCUACACACCAUCCACAUUCAGCCACGCUGCAGAGUCUAUCUGGGCAAAACAUUGUCUCUAGAGAAGAUCCUAGAGAUGAAGACGCACCUGGAGAAAAGCGGACAGAUGCAGAAAGACCUGCUGGUGUGUUUUCAGCACUUGCUGCAGCAUUCUGACCAAUAUCAGGAGGAGAACGCUCGUAUUGUGCUUCAGGGUGACGGGGAGAUGCUGGAGUUUGUCACUGGCAGAGCAGAAAACCACACAACCCAGUACUUCAUCUUCACUGAUGCUCAGAACAAAGCUCACAGCCAGAUGGUGCAGGACAUGGAGCUGUGGGAGUAUGAUUAAGACCUCCAUCUUUGUUAUUGGAUUAUUUGAGGAUGAAGAAUUUAAAGUAAUACUCACUUGAAUAGUUUCAAGUGUAAACUAUGUGAAACUGUAUGUGAUGAUUGCAUCUUUUGUUUAGGUUUGGAUUUGCUAUUUGACCUUUUCUGGGCAGGUCAAUGAGGUCAAUGGAUUCACAGAUUUCACUGAACAUUAUUAAGACACACUAUAAUGACAAAAAGUAAUGUAAUGUAAUGACAAAAAGUCAAGACAACAAAUAUUUUAUGCUGCUUUAACUUAUUUUAAUGGGUUAAUCAGGUUUAAACUAAACUUUUUAAGUUAUAAAAUGUUUAACUAUCAUUUUAGACAGCUUGAUUGAUGUAAGUUGAGACAAGUCUUAUUUUUUUCUGUUGAAGAAUAUCAAGGAUGCUUGACAUUUUGAGCUGCCUUUAGAAAGUUUCCAUUUGUCAUAAUUACACAUAAAGAAGGAACCACAUUCAGCUAGCCAGUCAAGCAGCACAUCUGAAAAGAGAGGACUAGCAGUACACAAAUAAUCUAAAUUUAGAUGCUUGUUGGAAUUAUUUAAUAAAUUCUUCUCCUACACCUUGUUAUUAGCUGGUACCUAUAAUUGUUGAUCAGUUAGCACAUGAACUAUCUACCAAUGCACUACUUAAAACAA